AGACGACGGACUCGAAGAGACAGAAACGUUUAAAAUAGUGUGUGUGUGAGAGAGUGAGGGAGAGAGAGAGAGAAAAAAGAUAAAAGAAGAAAAAAAGAUAGUAUAAUAUUUGAAAAGAAAUAAUGUUUGAACUUCUUUAUGGCUCGUAUGGCUUUAUUGCUAUAAAAUUAAUAAUCCUUCAUAUUCUUUUAACUGGUCUAAUAUUUUAUAUGAAAUUACUUAAGAAGAAUGGCAAAGAAUUAAUUGGAGUUGCUAUAAUCGGUGAAUGUUUAACUGUUAUCUCUUGGUACAUGCUUCCAAGUACGAUAGCGACCAUUCUCUGUGCAGCAGCCUUUAUCUAUUCUUACGAAUAUCUGAGUGCACCAAAGGUCAGACAGGGGAGGAACGUUGUAUUUGAAUCAGACCAUGAUAUCGGCCAAACACUAAGACAAGAACAGUUGGGCCUACGAUUCGAUGACGAGAAUCAGAACUCUAAUGAUGGCCUAUAUCGAGUGAAAACUAACUUGAGUUAUAUCGAAGUAAAUAAUAUUAUUCAAGGAGAAAAUUUUAGUACAUUCGGCAUAAUUAACAUUGGCAAAAUUUCGCGAAUUGGGCCUGGUUCGUGCAAAGCGGCAAGUCUGCCGAGUUUGACGGAUAAAGAUAAUUGUUUCAAUAUCAUUUUGGGAUGGCGGCAGAAAUAUGUUACAAUUUGCGGAGAGAAUCAAGAAGAAUGUAAUAAUUGGAAAUUAGGUGUAGAAAGAUUAGUUCGUUAUGAUUUCGAGCGUAAAAGAAAUAAUUUUGAGAGAACAGUAUUCGAAAGAAUUGCUGAAAAGAACCGCUUAGAAGAUGGUACCAAAUAUAUGGAUAGAGAAUUAGCUGUUAGUACUAUUAACAAGGAUAUGGGAUUUCCUGUAGACAUUAACAGUGCGAAAGAAUUUUUUAAGACACAAGCCAUCCGUGGGAAGGACUUUCAUUAUUUAGACUGCCAAAAAUUUGCGGAUUUCUAUAGAACAAUUACUCAAAUACCAUAUAUAGUCUCACUAUACGAACGCCUUUUGGGUGACGAUUACAUCCUAAGCACGGAUAAAAUUAAAAGUUUUAUCGAAGAGGAGCAAAAAGAAAAAUUUUCCAUUAGCCUUCUAAAAACAUGGAUGAGGAACACUGAAAGGAUAGCUCCUGUUUUAAAUUUUUCUCAGGAUGGCUUCAUCAAAUUUCUACUGUCUGACGAACAAAAUAUCUUCAACAGGGAAUUCACAGUCGUAUAUCAAGACAUGAAGAGGCCUUUAUCCGAUUAUUUUAUAGCUACUUCUCACAAUACCUACUUAACAGGGGACCAAUUGAAAAGUAAAAGUGAUGUCAAUAUGUACGUUAAGGCUCUAACCAGAUCUUGCCGCUGUGUUGAACUUGAUAUUUGGGAUGGAAAGAACGAGCCUAUUAUAACUCAUGGUCAUACCUUAUGCUCAAAAAUUCCCUUUGUAGAUGUUAUAAAAGCUAUAAGACAGUAUGCUUUUGAAGAGAGACAAGCGAAAGAGGGUGAAGGUAAUAGCUGGGAGGAAAGAUUAGAAAGAAUGGGUAAUCCUUUCCCUGUUAUACUCAGCUUUGAGAAUCAUUGUAAUUUAGAAAAUCAAAAAAUUAUGGCCGAAAUGCUACAGAAAGAGCUUGGAGAACACCUUUUAACGGAACUACCUAGCGGUUGUUCGGAUACCUUACCUAGUCCAUACGAUUUACGGGGUAAAGUGAUAGUUAAGGCUAAGAAAUUACAAAAUGAAACCGAAGAAGAAAGCGAAUCGGAAAGUGACGAUGACGACGAUGAAAUAGUUAAUGUAGAAGAAGAAAUCGAAUCAACAGCCGCAGAAGAAACGACCAUUAAACCCGAUUCUUCGAAUUCUAGUAAUUCUAGGAAAGCAUCAAUUUUUUCUCCAUCAAAAUCAAGUGCUAAUUCGAAAAAGGUUAAAGUUAAAGUUGCUCGGGAACUUUCGGAUUUGAUUGUCAUUUGUCAGGCUGUUCACUUUAAAUCUUUCGAAGAUUCAGCAAAACUUCAAAAUGCGCACCAGAUGUCGUCUUUUGCCGAGGGAAGAUCUAUGAAAAUUCUAAAGGAUGAAGGAAAACAAUUUCUUAAAUACAAUAAACGACAACUUAGUAGGAUAUACCCCUCUGGAAAGAGGGUCAACUCCAGCAAUUACGAUCCAGUUCCAUUGUGGUGUGCUGGAUCUCAAUUAGUUGCUCUCAACUAUCAGACCUCUGAUAGAGCUAUGCAAAUAAACCAGGGACAAUUUAGGGAUAAUGGAGGAUGUGGAUAUAUCCUAAAGCCAGAUAUUAUGCAAAAAGCUGAAUAUUCUCCCAAUAUUCAAGAACUGAAAAUUCAAAACUACAAAGUUCUUGUUUUGAAGAUUAUUAGCGGUCAUCAGCUACCCGCAACCGAAAAGUUGUUUAUUCAAGUACAUAUAAAUGGUUAUGAAAACUUGAAAGAAAACAGAAGAUCGACAAAACAACAAAAAUGCGAUGGACUAUAUGCUGAAUGGAAUGAACAUUUUUCGUUUAAAGUUUUAUUGCCUGAAUUGGCUCACGUGUCUUUCCGAGUGAAGAAAGCGAGUAAAGAUUCCGAUCUAGCUCACUAUACUCUACCAUUUAGAUGCCUACAACAAGGACUGGUAAGCGCCGAAUCGUCAGAUUCAGCUGAUACAGUUGAAGAAAGCGUUGGUAAAAGCCGUGACGGAUCCAGAACUGAUGACGAAGUUGUUCAACGUGAAGAGGAAGCUAUUAAGUUGGACGGUUUGAAUGUUGCUCAAAUGAAAGAACUGCGCGAAAAGGCGGAAAAACACACGUUUCAAGCAGAAGUUGAUCGAAUGAUGAAGCUCAUCAUCAACUCUCUUUAUAAGAACAAGGAAAUUUUCCUUAGAGAAUUAAUCUCUAAUGCCUCUGACGCCUUAGAUAAAAUCCGUUUCCUCUCUGUUACUGAUAAAGGUGUUAUGGGCGAUAUGGACGAACUGUCUAUUAAAAUUAAAGCUGACAAAGACAACCGAAUGCUUCAUAUAACCGAUACUGGUAUUGGUAUGACCAAAGCCGAUUUGAUAAAUAAUUUGGGUACAAUUGCGAAAUCUGGAACAUCUGAAUUUUUGACGAAACUGGGUGAAGCCUCAAACCAACAAGAAAUGACUGAUAUGAUUGGACAAUUUGGCGUUGGCUUUUACUCAUCUUUCUUAGUUGCUGACAAAGUUAUUGUUACAUCUAAACACAACGAUGAUGAACAACACAUUUGGGAAUCUGAUGCUCAUUCUUUCACUAUCUCAAAAGAUCCACGAGGAAAUACCCUCGGAAGAGGAACCACAAUUUCCCUCCUAUUGAAAGAAGAAGCUCAUGAAUUCCUUGAACAAAACACCAUUAAAGAUUUAGUUAAGAAAUACUCUCAAUUUAUCAACUUUAAUAUUUACCUUUGGGAUUCCAAGACUGAAAAAGUUGAGGAAGCUGAUUCUGAAGAAGCAAAACCAUCAUCUGAUGAUGAAGACGGAAAAGUUGAAGAUGAAAAAGACGAAAGUCAAAAGAAGACUGUUGAGAAAACCGUCUGGGAUUGGGUACUUUUGAACGACAACAAACCUAUCUGGACCCGUAAAACCUCUGAGGUUGAAGAUAAAGAAUAUCACGAAUUCUACAAAUCCUUCUCAAAGGAUCACGAUAAUCCAAUGGCUUUUACUCACUUUGUUGCUGAAGGUGAAGUUACCUUCAAAUCUAUCCUCUUCGUCCCUAAGAGUUCACCUCAUGAUAUGUUCCAAAAUUAUGGUAAAAAGAUCGAUCAAAUCAAAAUGUACGUUAGAAGAGUUUUCAUCACUGAUAACUUCGAAGAUAUGAUGCCAAAAUAUUUGUCUUUUGUGAAGGGUGUUGUCGACAGUGAUGACUUGCCAUUGAACGUUUCCAGAGAAACUCUUCAACAACACAAACUUUUGAAAGUCAUUAAGAAGAAAUUGGUUCGUAAGACUUUGGACAUGAUCAAGAAAUUGAGCAAAGAAGAUUUUGAAACUUUCUGGAAAGAAUUCAGCACCAACAUCAAACUCGGAGUUAUUGAAGAUCAUUCCAACAGAACCAGAUUGGCAAAACUCUUGAGAUUCCAAUCCUCCAACUCAAAGGAUGGUGUCACCUCUCUUGCCGAUUACAUCGAACGCAUGAAAGAAAAACAAGAAUCCAUCUUCUUUGUUGCUGGUUCUAACAGAGCUGAAGUUGAACAAUCACCAUUUGUUGAAAGACUAUUGAAAAAGGGAUACGAAGUUUUGUACUUGACUGAGCCGGUUGACGAGUAUUGUAUCCAAGCCCUACCUGAAUUUGACAACAAAAAAUUCCAGAACGUCGCCAAAGAAGGAGUUAAAAUCGAUGAUUCUGAAAAGGCCAAAGAACGAAAGGAGGCUAUUGAAAAAGAUUUUGAAUCUCUAACAACCUGGUUGAAGGAGGAUGCUCUUAAGGACAAAAUUGAAAAAGCUGUUGUUUCUGAAAGAUUGACCACUUCACCAUGUGCUUUAAUCGCCUCUUCCUACGGAUGGUCCGGAAAUAUGGAAAGAAUCAUGAAAGCUCAAGCUUACCAAAAAGCAGGCGACACCAGCAACCAAUACUAUGCCACUCAAAAGAAAACUUUAGAAAUCAACCCAAGACAUCCCCUCGUUAAAGAACUUAAAAAGCGAGUCGAUACGAACAAAGAAGACCAAACAACAAAAGAUUUAGCUAUUGUUCUUAUGGAAACAGCUACCCUUAGAUCUGGAUAUGGUUUACAAGAUACUUCAGGAUUUGCAGAGCGUAUUGAACAUAUGUUGAGAUUGUCAUUAAACGUCCCUCUUGAUGAAAAGGUCGAAGAUGAACCUGAAGAAGCUGGAGAAGAAGAUGAUGAAGAAGAAGUAGGCAACGAAGAUGAAGUAGAAGACGAAGCUGAUGAAAAGAAACCUGAAGUAGCAGAAAAAGUUGAAGAAGCAGCCGAUAGUGAUACGAAAAAGGAUGAGUUAUAA